UCACUUCGUCACCUCACCGUGUGAAUUCUUACACCCUUCUCUUCUACUCCCCUCCCACCAAAAGACAGGAGCAAGGUUCUCGGCGACAGUGCAAUGGAUCCUCCACCCUCUUCAUCUCGCCCCUCUCGUCGGUCCUAUCCAAACCUGCACAAUCUCUCCCUCGCCCCGCUCAGCACCAAAUCCCUCGACGCCUCCUCGCCGCCUUCACCAUCCGAAGUGCAGGCCACCAUCCCGCACACCUCCUACAUCCAGCUCAAGUCCGCUCCCUCCACGCCUGGUAUUCUUAGUCUCAGCCAAAGCCGCAGCAACUCCCGCAAUGGCCGUCGCCGCUCCCGUGGCGAUGCCUACGCCUACGACGGCUACUUCGUCAACCCAGACGCGCCUGUCCGCCACCCAGGGGAUAUACCGAAGGCGAAGAGCACCAAUGCUCUACUUCCUAGUGUGAGCUUUGUAGACCAGCAACCGCAUGCUAGACAUCAUAGGCGAAAGGGCACGUCGCCGACGCCAUUGCGUAUGCCGCUCGUUCGACACCAUACCAGUGAGGCCAGUGAGGAAUGGCUUCAUCGUGCGGGCUUGGUGAUUGCAGACGAGAUGAGAGAGUCGAAGGGACAGAGUUGGCUUGUCCGAAGAGAGAGCUCGACAAGUCUCGUGCAACAAAGCGACGAGUACGAAGUGCAUCCGUCCCAUGAUGGACACCACAUGGCAUUACUAUCGGGCGAGCACUUGGCGGACGAUGAGUACAGCCCUAUUACACCUCGUCAUUCCAGGGUGGGCAGUCGGAUAGGCAGUCGAAUGGGUAGCAGGGUAGCCAGCGCUAGAAAUAGUAGGAGAGGUUCGAGGGUGGGAAGCCGGGUUGAUUUGAUCAUGUCCACUAGCAAAUCUCCUAACCCAAGGGGUAGCCUUGAGAUGGACGAAGGCAUGCUCACCGAUGAGGCCUUCAUUGAACCUGAUUUCGUAGAUGAUGGGGAAAGUGAUGGCGAUGAGGAAGAAAUUGCCAGGCUAGCGAGAGAGAGGGGAUUUGGCCUCGGAGGGUGGAUGGACAGGUUAAUCGGUUGGACGCUUUUUAGCGUCGAUGAAGACGGCGAGGACUCUAGCGAUGAGGAACACGACGAAGACGAUCCCGAAAACCCAGAGAAUAUGACCAGAGAGGAACGCAAGUUGCGGAAAGAGGUCGAAGCUAGGAGGAAGAAGUUGGAGCGGGAAGCUAUUAUUGCAGCUUCGGCUGCAAAGACUCAAGAAACGAAAGAGUCGACUGAGGCUAAAGUGGAGGGAGAGGUUGUAAAUGCACAAGCGCUUAACGAAGAGGGCGGAGGAUGGCAGGAUGCAGCAUGGUUGUUGAGUGUUGCCUCAAAGGUCAUAUUAUGAACAUGAAGCAUUGACCAUUCGGUUUAUGAUUAGCAUUUGCUUAAUCGUAGAAAUGGAGCUAGUCUUGCAAACUUUGUAUUUGAACAUUUGAGGCGGAAGGUGCCAGAGGCGGCGAUUCACUCACGGCUUUUGUGCUGGUUUCCGAC